UUUGGAAAUAGAUAUCUGAUCCAUUUUUGUGACACUAGACUCAGCAAAUAGUAUCACCAGACAAAUACAGAAAUGAACCCCUCAGGCGUGUUAUGACCAGCAGACGUGACUCUGUCACAUGAUGUUACAGAAACAUAUGAAUCGUAUUUUUAUUGCAUUGAUCGUGUUAUUAAAAACAAAACAAAAUACUUGCACUGUGCCUCCUCUGAUCAGCCACAGCAUUAAAACAAAUUAUUGUUUUUAAUGUUGUGGCUGAUUAGUGUAUAUAUACACAUAUGUAAAAAUAUUUACAUCAUUUUACUUGAUUUAACAAAUUAAAAGUCAGUUUUAUUUCUGUUAUAUUUCUAUUAUUAAAUUAGAUUUUCAUUUACUUUUCAGUUACUCAUUUUGCUUUUAAUGUUGUGUGCGUGUAUGAAAUUGAUCUUGUGUAAUCAUGUGUAUUUUCUGUGUGUAUUGGCAGCAUGUGUGUCCUCAGUUCCUGGUUUUGUGGCAGGAUGGCAAGGUAAGCAACUGUAUAUAUGAGCGAGACUUUGUCCUGUUCGACACCUCGGGGUGACAGGUGAGAAGGAAGAAGAGAAGAUAAUUCUGCAUCAGGUCAUCAUCCUAAACAUCAGCUUCACCAUGAAGAUGCUGGCUGUGUCUCUCCUUGUUGGUGCCAUGAUAGCACUGACUGCAAGUACUGAAGCUCCGCCAGAAGCAGAACCAACAGUUCCAGAGGAGGAACCUGGAACUGAACUGUCAGUUCAGGAAGAAGACGAACCUGGGACAAACUCAACAGCUGAAGAAAAUGCAGCGGACAAAGUUCCAAGAGAUGCAGAGAAAGGAGAACAUCAUGCUGUCAAGAGGUCCACGUAUUGUCCCUGUGGUUGGUCUCUGUGCGGACUUCGCUGUUUCCGCUAUAUUUCAGGAAGAGCGAACUGGGUUACAGCUCAGAGAGUCUGUCAGAGACUGGGUGGGAGCUUAGCAUCUCUGCACAGUGUGUAUGAGGAACGUUGGGUUCAGCGUUUGACAGGCAACCAAGUAGCGUGGAUCGGCGGCUCUGAUGCACAACGGGAGGGUUAUUGGUUUUGGAUUGAUGGCACACGUUUCAACUAUGCCAACUGGUGUCGUGGGGAGCCUAAUAACUUGCAUAGACAGCACUGCUUACGAAUGAACUGGGGAGCUAGAAACUGCUGGGAUGAUGGGCACUGCCACGUCCGCCAUGGAUUUGUUUGUGCCAGGAGACGCUGAUGAUUCCCAGGGAAGAACACAGAGGCAUGAAGUUAAAGCACAAACAAACUCAUCUGUCUGUGUGUCAUCAGUCUCAUAUAUAACAUGAAAGCUUUGUAUCUCAAAUCAGAUCUUUAUUUCUUUGCCAUUGCUGUAAAACUACUCAAGGGAAGAAGCGACAAGUGACGUAAAGGGGAGCUGCCUCUUAGGCCUUGUGUCUUAACAGAGCAGAUUGAAUGGGUAUGAAAAGAAUGCUUUUAGCACAACUUUAUUCUGCAGAGUGAUUGGUCUUUCUUGUAUCAUGCAUAAUUAAAAAGGCUCAAGCAAUAAAACAAGCUGGUUUGUGAGUUUAUGUACUACCUUACUUGGUAUAAAUGUGGGUAUCAUUAAUGCUACUCAAACAACCCCAUGUA